GAACUAGAAGGGAUUAAUUUUUUCUGAGAUUCUGUCAGCUGAUUUGUGUUUUUUUUAUCACCGGAAUCAAAAUAAAAAUACAAAAAUAGACUAAUAGAGUACUUCCUAUAUUUUAUAUGAAUCUAAAUUUGAAAAAUGCGAGGUGCUAGGUAUUGUUAUGGUUUUCUCCAAUAGUUACCGACGAUACAAACAGUAGCCAAACUAGCUGAUGACCACAGUAGGAAACGUUGGAAUUGGGCUUUUGAUACUUAUAUUCGUAUGGAUUGUGGCCUUAGUUUUAUUUAUAGUAGGGGUUAAACUGCAAAACAAUAUAUCUUGGAUUGCCCUUGGCUGUGCUACAAUAAUAAGCAUAUUGCUUCUGGUGAUACCAACAGAUAAAAGGCGUCCUGCUGAAGAAACUGAAACGACUGAGAAAGAUUACACUGAUAUCUAUAAGAAGAUAUUUGUAGGCUUCAUCUGGUUAUCUGGAAUCAUAGGAUUUGGAUUCUUCUUUGUUUUGCAUUGCAUUGAGCCAAUUCAUCCCAAACCCAUAAAAAGCUUUAACUUUAGUUGAAAAACAAUGAGUAAAUCGCUAGCAAAUCUACUAUAUAAAAGUAGGCUCUUUAGGUACGUUAUCACUGGCAGGGUAAAUCUGACAUUGAUAGUUGUCAGCAAUUCAAAACUGAAGAGCAUGGGGGGAGGAGUGAGUGAGAGCAGUUGUGCUGCCCCUGACUGGCCUAUUUCCGCAUGGUUUGGGAAUAUGGGGCAAUUUUUCAUCCCGUAACUGGCGAGGUUGAGUCUAUCAGACUCCGGCAGAUAUUUUUUAGCUAUAACUAACUUUUUGUAUCAAGUGACAACAAUGUACACCGAUUUACCUUUAAUCUGGAUAUGUGAGUCCUGUUUUCCUGUGUGGUUGCAGAUCUACCUGAAACGUGUGUUUGUGUUUUUAUAUGUUAGGGAGUCUCACGGACUCCACCUCACUCUUAUAGUAGGUUUUUGUAUUUGAUAGUUUUAAUGUUUGUUUUUACAUAUAUGAUAUUUUAGAAGGAAUUACAUGCCACUACAUUAAAAGGGACUGUUACAAGAAACGGUAAAGACUAUGAGAGUACGCUCACAAUGGUAUAGCAGUGAAAUUGUGAGUGACCACGACAGCGAGCAGACUACUCGACGAUGACAUAACACAGAAGUCAUUUUCAAGUGAAAAUAGCUUUAAGAAUUCGACUACAGAAAGAACACACUUUUAUGAAAAAAAAAACAUGGUCCUUUAUGGAAUCAACAAGGAAUGUGCGUACAUUCAGCCAUAAUAUAAUUCUUACGCUACUUGGUCUGAAAGACAAAGCUCUAAAUUCAGGACAUGAAGCAAAUCCAGUUAAAAUUUUGAGCACUUUGUUCAUUGAAAAAAUGAUAGCCAUUAUCGUAACUUCUACGAACAAAGAAUUGGAACAAAUGCGUCAAAAAUACAGCAGCCCAACACGAAUAAGGCUAACGAUAAUCAUCAAAUUUGAUGUUUAUAAUAAAAUUUAUAACAAACCAAACAUAAAUACAUACUAUAAAUACACUCCAGACUAGACCAUGAAAUUGAAAUAAAACAGGUACUAAUUCGUAUUCUAAAAAAAUACUCGAGAGUCUGAGAGACUCCACAUCACCCUCAAUGUGAAAAAGUGGCAUCUCACCAGUUACGGGUUAUUACACUGCCUUACUUUGUAAAAGCAAAAAAAAACAGGCUGUUUUACUUUAUUCAUUUAAUUAUUUUUAUGAACAUAAUUCUUCAUAUUACAUUAAAGUUAAUUUUUUUUAAAAUAAACUAUUGUGAAAUGUAAAACUGUCCCUGUUUUACUGAAUGAUCUUCAACAUCUUAACCAAUUUAAUUAAAUUUCCUUUCAGCACCACAUCGUCUUUGAAAAAAGUGAUAACCAUAGAUAAUAAUGAUGAGUUCCUCUCAAAAGUGAUGAACUCAGAGAAACCGGUCAUAGUGAACUUUCAUGCAGAAUGGUGUGAGCCCUGUCACAUAUUGACUCCAAAAAUGAAGGAAUUGAUAGGGCCUAAAGACAAUAUUGACUU